AUGAAUAAGGUGACAGGUCUGGCGAUCUCAUGCGAUCACACUUUCAAAGUCAUUAAAAAUAUUGGAGUAGUAAGGCCUGGCUAAGAUGAGAAAUUCAUAACGCAGUUUAAAAACUUGUACAUUACAGAACAAAAAGCUGGAGCUUAUUUGUAUUGACGACUGUUGCAAGGUUCGCAAGAAGUAUCAAUCAAUAUUUAAAAAUACUCCUGGAAACUUGAUCUUUACCAUGCUUGUCAAAGAGUAUGCAAAACGUUUCUACAUGAUAACCACCCUCUCAAAAGAGCAUUUGAAGAGGAAUUUGGUUUGAUAUUCUGACAAGACCAUGACCAAGGAGAUGUUCGUUUGCAGGAAAAAUCCUGCAAAGUAAAAAUUCUCCAAAACUUGAACAUUUUCCUGAAGAGGUUGGACCAUGUAGUCGUCUCUCCUCUUACCAAGGAAACUCUGGAAGAAAUAGAAAGACUUAAAAAACACAUCCUUAACAAUUUUCUAUCGGGAAUACCUCCAGGGUUCGGAACAGAGCGGAAUGAACAGCUGCACAAGCUGCUAAACAGAUCCUGUUUGUCAGGAGCAACGAGAAUCAAUGUGGAAUUAGUUGUAGCGAUUCUCACUGUGCUUUUCUAUCACCACAGUAGUCGGACUUUACUAACAAAGCAUAAAUGCAAUUCAAGAGUAGGAUGCGCUCUGCCGAUUGAGGUACAUAAUGCGAAAAUAGAAGAGAAAGAUGAGUCUUCAAGUUUCUUACCUCCUUUUAAAGGAAGCACUGGAGUAUCACACUUUCCAAGAGGACGGCCUCAUUUCGGAUGUAAACUCCAGCAAUUAUCAGCAAGAUACCACCGUUGUUGCAGAGGAAAUUGAGGAUGUGCAAACGGAAUUUGUCUCUAGGGUAAUACUGUAUAUGUAUGAGGUCAUCACAAACUUAGAGGCCAAGAAACACAGCAGGGCAUUUGAAGCUUCAGACAUACAGGAAAUGAUCAAUAUGCCAGAUUUCAUUAGUUUCCAAAGCCUGUUUGAUGCACAUGAAGAUGACAUAAGUAUCGACAGGAAUCGAAGCAUAUUGUAGAGAAAUUUUGGCCUGGAAAUAGAAGAAGUAGUCGCCGACGGAGACUGUGCCUUUAGAAACUUAGUGAAGCAAAUUUAUAAAUUUAUUGCAGGAGAUACAUUGUUCAAAGAACAUUUGGAGAGCAUCAGUUUAUUGAAGACUGAAGAGAAAGACACUUAUCACUCGGGGCAACUUUUUGUUGACGAGGUCUUAAGUGGAGAUAAAGAACUUCUUUCCUUCUUACCUAAAGAAGAUGAUGUUGAAACCCUUCAGGAAAAAGCGGAGGAAUUUCAAUCACCAGGAGUUUACGACAAGAUGCUUGGGGAUUUGGUCAUGAAGACAUCCGCACAAAUACUACAAUUGCCAACAAUG